AUUGACAAUUGAAGAAAAAAGAAUUGUUGUGUGUGAGUUGUGUUUUUUUGCAAAGAAAAUCUAAUCAGAUGAAAUUUAUACAGAAAAUAAAUAAUAAAAAUUAAUAAAAAUACAAGAAAUUUAUUAAAAAACAAUGUUCUUUUUAUAAAAAAAAAUUAAUAGCCUUAAUUAAAGAUUGAUAGUGAAAUACUUAAUUUUAUUGUGAACUUGAGUAUAGAUUACAUUUUUUCUAUAAGAAGAUCUACAAGAUGGUGCCUCCUAAGGAGAGCAUAGAUUUGGAAUGUUUUUUGGUAACAAAACAUUCCUGGAAAGGAAAAUACAAACGUAUAUUAGCCAUAGGCAAUGUGGGUAUAUCAACCUAUAAUCCUGACAAAUUGGAUUUAACCAAUCGGUGGUCCUAUUCUGAUAUUGUAUCAGCAGCACCUACGAAAUCCUCAAAUAUUCCCAAUGAAUUUGUAUUGACUGUUAAAAAAGAUAAAAAACUAGAUUCAAUUAAGCUAAGCUCUGAGUAUCGUAAUGAUAUUUUAACUUCAAUAUUGAAAUACUACAAAGAAUUUGCUGAUAAACCAAAAAAUUCUCAACGUUUCUCUGCUUAUAAAUAUCACUGGUCGGGCAUUAGUUUACCCACAAUGUUGGAAGUAACGCCCUGCUCAUUAGAUCAAUUGGAUCCUACAACCAAUGAAAUAUUAGCCAGUUAUAUGUACAAGGAUAUUGAAGGCAUAAUAGGGAUUUCGGAUUAUGAAGGCGGCAUUGUUAUGGCCUAUGGUGGCUUUAGUCGACUGCAUCUGUUCAAGGCCCUCAAUCAUCAUGAAGUAGUGCAAAAUAUCGCACAAAAAUCAACGCAAUUCUUGGGCAUAGAUAUAAAAAUCUUGAAAUCACAGAUAACACUGGAACAAUUUGAAAGACAAAGAUUUGGUAAAUAUAGCGGCGAUCAAUUUCAAACUUCUAUGACUGAGUUUACGGUACAAAAACAUACACCACGUCAUCCGGAUCCUGUUAAACGUAUACUCUGCUUAACGGAGACUACUCUCUUGGAACGUGAUCCUCAGACAUAUAGUGUUUGUACACUACGACCUCUAACCGAUGUUUUUGCAUUGAUACGUGAUAAAGAUAAUUUGCAAAAGUUUUGUAUUGAAUAUAAGAACGGUAUAGUGCGUACAUAUACAACGAAUGAUCGUGAUUCACUUUUGGCCACUUUAUUGGAUGCUGUACGUUCGAGUGGCAAUCAAGAUGUUCAUAUACGCAUUACAAAUACUCCACGUGGUAAACGUUAUGUUCCACUUAACAGCAUUGUUGACGAAGAAACUGAGGCAAAUCUUUUGCGUUUAGUUAUAAAUAAUUUUCAAAAUCCUGCUAAACGUUAUGAAGUUUUGGAGCGUUUUAAUGCCAAUGUACCGCAUAGUGGUUUAAAUUAUAGUGUAACACAAGAUAGUCUUUUUGCUGAGAAUAAGGAAAAACUUAUAUUGAGUGCUCUGCAAGCUUUGGCACAAAAAGAGUUGGACAAUCCAACAGCCCAGUUAACAAAUUUUGAACUAGAAGCCAUAUUUCAUGGCCUAACACGUUUGUUGGCCAGCAAAACUGGGUAUGCUGCAUUUACCAAUCUACCCGGAUUUCGAGAGAUUAUUGGCACAAAAAUUGUAGCUGCCUUAAGGCGAAAAGAUUUGGCCGUUACUUACUCAGCCAUCGAUAUGAUAAAUUCUCUAAUGCAUUCGGUCAAUGCUGAUCAUGAUUUAAAGCAAGAACAGUUAAAUAAAUCGUCCAUAUUAUCAUCGAAAUCAUUUUUGGAAACCUUACUUAAUAUGUGGACCAAUCAUGUUAGUCAUGGCAGUGGAGCAUUGGUUCUAUCGGCCAUGUUAGAUUUCUUAACAUUUGCUCUAUGUGUGCCUUAUUCAGAGACUACGGAUGGCAAACAAUUUGAUAUAUUAUUGGAAUUGGUAGCCGAAAGGGGUCGCUAUUUAUAUAAACUCUUUCAGCAUCCUUCUUUGGCUAUAGUCAAAGGGGCCGGUUUGGUGUUAAGAGCCAUUAUAGAGGAGGGUGAACAAAAAGUAGCCGAACAAAUGCAAUCGUUGGCUUUAGAUGAGGCGGCUUUAUGUAGACAUUUACUGGUUGCAUUAUAUACACCCUCAAAUGAUCCUACUUUAGCCACUCAUCGUCAGCUAUCUAGACAUUUAAUAGGUCUAUGGAUAACGGACAAUGUAGAAGCCAUGGAACUGUUUAAGCGCAUAUUUCCUGCCGGCUUAUUAAUGUUUCUGGAAUCGGAAGAUACGGUGCCUGAAACUGAUGUUGAAGAAGACAAAUUAAAUUUUAGAGAUAAUUUAAAAUUUGCCAUACAACAUUCCAUUAAAACACGUAAAAAUGUGAUUGAAAAGCAUUUACAGGCAAUUAAGCACUGGGGCAUGAAUUUAAUCGAACAACAAGAUCCUGCUGCCCAAGCUUUAAAAAAUCGUCCCGUUGUUUUGCGCAAUCGACGUCAACGUAAAAAGACUUCUGAUGCUAUAGUAAAUCUACCGUUUUUCUUUUAUAAUUUUUCGAAAGAUCAUAGUAUACCUAAUUUAAUAUGGAAUCAUAAGACUCGUGAGGAAUUGCGCAUUUGCUUGGAAAACGAAUUACGUCAAUUUAUAAAUGAUCGUGAUUUGGCGGGCAAUAUGAUAGUUGCUUGGAAUUAUCAAGAAUUUGAAGUAACAUAUCAGUGUUUGGCCGAUGAAAUUCAAAUAGGCGACUAUUAUAUACGUUUAAUAUUGGAGAAGGAUGACUGGCCUCAGAAUCUAGUAAAGGAUCCCAUUGAACUGUUUAAUGCUUUAUAUCGUCGAGUACUGUGUCGUCAACGUGUCAAUGAUGAUCAAUUGACGGUAACAUCUUUACAGGCCUUGGCAAAAGUCUAUAAACGUUAUCACAAGGAGAUUGGACAAUUUGGUGAUAUGUCUUAUAUCUUGCAGUUGAGUGAUAGAUGUUUCUCCCCCUCCUUAAGAGAUGCUCUAAUUAAUCUUAUAUCCUGUUUAGUAUUGGAAAAAUCCAAUUGCCGGCCUUUAGUAGAUCAUGUACAAUGUUUAGUGGAUCUCAUAACAUUGGCCCAUUUGCAUCAGGGUCGUGCUCAGCCAAAUACCAAAACUUAUGUUAUUGAGGCCGGUCCCAAUAUGCAACAAUAUGAGGAAAAAGAUUGGUAUUAUAAUAUAGAAAAAGAAGGACAAAAGCCAGAACGUCAAGGACCUAUAACUUAUUCGGAAUUAAAGGAAUUAUGGUCUAAAGGUGUUAUUACACCCAAAACCAGAUGUUGGGCUAUUGGCAUGGAUGGCUGGCGUUCUCUGCAACAAAUACCACAACUUAAAUGGUGCCUUAUAGCCAAGGGCCAACCGUUAUACAAUGAAACGGAGCUAUCCUCCAUGAUCUUAGAUAUUCUCAUCAAAUGCACCAGUUUCUUUCCAUCACGCACUCAAAACGGUCAAGCUGUUCUUAUACCUGGUCCCAAAUUAUCGCGAAAACUUUCUGAAUUUAUUUGUUUGCCACACAUUGUUCAAGUGUGCUUGACCCAUGAUCCCGGUUUGUUGGAACGAGUAGCCACACUAUUGUGUCAAAUUAUGCAGGACAAUCCGGAAAUGCCUAAAGUCUAUUUGACGGGCGUUUUCUAUUUCAUGCUCAUGUAUAGCGGUAGCAAUAUUUUACCCAUUACAAAAUUCCUUAAAAUGACUCACAUGAAACAAGGUUUCCGCAGUGAAGAAUCAUCACAAUCCGGCAUAAUGCAUCGUAGUAUUUUGGGUCAAUUGCUGCCCGAAGCUAUGGUUUGCUUUUUGGAAAAUUAUAGUGCUGAGAAAUUUGCCGAAAUCUUUUUGGGUGAAUUCGAUACGCCCGAGGUAAUAUGGAGUUCGGAAAUGCGAAGACUGCUGAUAGAGAAGAUUGCAGCACAUAUUGCAGAUUUUACACCGCGCCUAAGAGGUCAUACAAUGGCCAGAUAUCCCUAUCUUGCCAUACCAGCUAUAAGCUAUCCUCAAUUGGAAAAUGAACUAUUCUGCCAUAUUUAUUACUUGAGACAUCUCUGUGAUACUCAAAAAUUCCCCAAUUGGCCCAUUUCGGAUCCUGUACAGCUACUGAAACACACUUUAGAUGCCUGGCGUAAGGAAGUCGAAAAGAAACCCCCACAAAUGACCGUCCAACAAGCCUACAAUGAUUUAGGCAUCGAUUUGAACAAACAUCCCAAACCCGAUGAAUCGAUGAUACGUAAAAGUUAUUAUCGUUUAGCGCAAAUGUAUCAUCCGGAUAAAAAUCCCAAUGGUCGUGAAAUUUUCGAAAAAGUUAAUCAAGCUUAUGAGUUUCUAUGCUCGCGUAAUGUAUGGAGUUCGGGAGGACCAGAUCCCAAUAAUAUUGUCUUAAUAUUGAGAACACAAAGUAUUUUAUUUGAACGUUAUGCGGAUGUAUUGCGUCCUUAUAAAUAUGCUGGUUAUCCUCAGCUAAUCAAAACCAUACGUUUGGAGACCAAGGAUGAUGAUUUAUUCUCCAAAGAAACACAAUUGCUUACUGCAGCUUCCGAGCUUUGCUAUCACACCGUACACUGUUCCGCCUUAAAUGCCGAAGAGUUGAGACGAGAAGAAGGUAUUGAAGCCUUGUUGGAAGCUUAUGAUAGAUGUGUAUCAAUUAUGGGCGCUGACUCUAAACCCGAUUCCUUACACUAUCAAGUUAUUUCCAAUGUAACACGUUGUUUUGAAGUUGCCUGCAAUUUCGAGAAAUGUAAACAGAAAAUUAUCACUCUACCACGUCUCAUGUCCGAUGUGUGUCGUGUGGUCUAUUUCAAACAUACGCUAUCCGUUAGUUUGGUAACAAGUUUGGCAGCAAAUAAUUAUGAAUUACAGUGUAAUUUAAUUUGCAACGGAGUACUCUGGUCCCUUAUGCUAUUCUGUUUUGAAUAUGAUUAUACUCUGGAUGAAAGUGGUGUGGAGGCUAGUGACAAAACGAAUCAACAGCAACAAGCUAAUACCUUAGCUAAAAUGGCCAUACUUGCCUGUAUAUCUUUAGCCGGUUAUGGUCUUGAAGUACGUACAACUCCGGAAGCAAAGUCUGUUACCUCUUCGGAAAACAAUUCACCCACAGCCAGCGCCGCCGCUACAAGCAUAAAAGCGCCCUCUAUACCACCUAAACCCAAAACGGCAUACACGCAAAAUGCACAAAAUCCUUUAAAUAAACAGCUAGCCAUAACAUCGGGCCAGGAAGGUAAUACCGCUAAUGUGGUUAGUAAACAAGAUUCAACAGCCAGUGAGAAAUCUGAAGCCGGUACACCCGAACAAAAUGCCAAGGCUUUGGAUUUAUUGCGUCAAAAGUAUGUGGUAACCUCCGAUGCACAGAAUACAGUGGUUAAACAAGUGCUGGAUCGCUUGCUUACCAAAUAUAUUGCAAAUAAAUUAACAAAAGAAAAGGAUAGUGAGAUAUUAAAAAUACUCACCUCCAAUACACGUAAUCCCUAUUUAAUAUGGGAUAAUGGUACUAGAGCUCAAUUAUUAGAUUUCCUAGAACAGCAACGUUCGUCAGCGGUUAAGGAAACCUUUGAAGAUAUAGCAGAGAUUCACGAAUUGGUAGCACAAUUUGAAUUCGAUGCACACAAAGAUGAAUUACAAAUUGGUGGCGUGUUUAUACGAAUCUACAACGAUAUGCCCACAUUUCCUAUAGUUAAUCCUAAGCAAUUUACAUUAGAUUUAUUGGAAUACCUUAAGCAAGCCUAUCACUAUUUGAAAAAGGUUAAAAAUUCAAAUACUAUAGCGUAUUCAGAACCAGUUUCUCCCACGCUUAGUGGUUCGGGUGAUGGCAUCCUUAAGCCCACAUUAGCACCUAAUCAUCCGCAAUUGAAACAGCAUAAGACAGGUAAUACUUUCGAUGAAGUUCUUAAUGCCUAUAAUCGUUCCAAAAGCCGCAAAAAAUUGGAAACUGAGGCUAUGAUGGAGCAGCAACAAAUACAAAGUCAAUAUAAAUAUGAUUUUGCCAAUGAUACUCAAGUAGAACAGCAUAUAAUAAUGGUGCUUAAGGCUUUGAUAGCUGUUAUUAAGGCUAAUCAUGAGGUAGAAAUCCAAUGUAUAGGAAAUUUCGAUAUGAUUUUUGGAUUUUUGGCUCAUAAUUUGUUUGCUGAGAAUACUACCAUUAAAACUGUGGCAUUGGAAGUGGUGGCCUUGGUAUCACGCAAUAAGGAUUGUGUUACAGAAAUUGCUGCCUGCGAGGUGUUGGGCAAUUUCCUGGUCGCACUUAAAGAUCCUGACCUUAGAGCUAGCCAGCAGAAAGUUUUGGAAACCAUGUCUGGUCUUAUGAAUGUACAGGAAAUGAUUAAGGAAGCACAAAUGAAAGGUGCUGUUAUAUAUUUGCUGGACAUGUUUUGCAAUUCCCGUAAUCCACUGUUAAGAGAAAUGUGUGCUGAAAUAAUGGCCAAAAUGACUGCUGAUCGUUUGAGUGGUCCUAAGGUGCGCAUAACAAUUUCCAAAUUUUUGCCCGCACUAUUUGUGGAUGCCAUGAUCGAAUCACCACAAACUUCGGUACAACUUUUCGAGUCUAUACAUGAACAUCCCGAAUUAAUAUGGAAUGAUAAAACACGCAAUACGGUUUGUGAUGCUGUUAAUGAUACGUGUCAAAGUUUCUAUCGCGCACAAAAACUGAACUCUAGACACUUGUGGAAGGAUCCUGAAAUCCUUAAAGAUAUCGUUUCAAAUGAGGUGGUUGUAGCUGGUGUUUAUUUGCGUCUAUUUGUAGCAAAUCCUGCCUGGACUUUACGCAAACCCAAGCAGUUCUUAUCAGAUCUCCUAGAUUUCGUGGUCGAGCAAAUAAGUAAAAGUUCUUCGGAGAAAGAUGUUUUAGAUUUGUCUACCAAUGCUUUAGUAGAACUUUUACGUUCACAACCUAAUUUGGCCGAUGAUAUUCCUGUCUUGGGUCAUAUACCCAAACUGUUUAACUUGCUGACCGUACAACCAAAGAAUACAUUAUCAGUAUUACAUCAACUAUCGCUAUCAGAGUUUUGUGUCAGCGCUGUUUCUCAAACGGAAUGUAUAAUGCCUUUAAAGAAAUGCAUGGAACAUAAUAGAGAUUGUAUAGAGAAAUCCUGUGAGACGUUAAGUCGUUUAUUUAAAUAUCAGCAUGAUUCCUUAAUUAGUCAAUCAUUGGAAGUUGGUCUUAUACCUUUUCUUUUGGGUUUACUAGAUAGUCGUUUGGAUUAUGUAGACAAUGCAUCAGCUGUAAAAGCACAAAUUGUGGCGGCGCUCAAAGGCAUGACUCAUAAUCUUAACUAUGGUGAUCGUGUCACACAAAUUUUACUCAAACAUCCAGUAUGGGCUGAGUUUAAGGAUCAACGGCAUGAUCUAUUUAUAACCGAUACAAAUAUAAGAGGAUAUCUAACGGGUAUCAAUCCUACUGCAGGCUACCUCACUCAAGGGCCAGCACAAAAUGUUGAAGUGCUGACCUCACCACCACCUAUCGAUCGUGAUGAUCCCUCUGCUAGACCACCAGAGGAUUAAUAUUUGCCUACAACAAAUAUUUUCUAAUAUAUGAAUUUUUGUUUUGUUCUUUCAUUAUUCUAGUAUUUUUUAUAAAUACCCAUUUACAUAUAUGAUUUUCAAAUGUAUAUUUAUACAAUGUAAGAAGUUAAGCAGAUUAGAAAAAAAAAUCAUGUUUUUAUCUCUUCUUUUCCAAGUUGUAGGAUUAAAUGAAAACAUAAAACAACAACUUAAGUAAAAGUAUUUUAUACAAUAUAAAAGAAAAAUAUCUAAAAAAAAUUAUUAUAAUUUAUAAAAAAUAUAUAUCUUUAUUUUGAAAUAUUUAUAU